GACGCCUGGAGCCUGUGCCUGAGGCGGAUGCCGAUAGCCCGCGCCGAGCAGAGGGGCGGCGAACACCACUUCCACUGGUCAUGCUGCCGCUGCCAGGGGAGAAGGUGCCCCCCGAGAUGCUGGUGGAGACGGUUCGCUCUUCCGCAUCCUCGCAGGCGCUCAGCGGCGCUAGCGGGGGAGGUGGCAUCGCAGCUCCUGUGCGGAGUGCGAAGCUGCCGCCAGAGCUGUUUGUGUCUCGGCCUGCCGGGUCUGCGGCCAAAGAUGCCGCGCCGGCGCAGGAGACCUCGACCCCCACACCGCGCAGCCGCUGCCGAGAGCUCGAGGAGGAGCUGGAGAGGCUCCGGGCGUCGCACCAGGAGGAGCUCGAGCGCGAGCGCCAACAUUGGCAGAACCGUCUCCGAGAAACAGAGGAGGCCGCGCAAACUCGGCUGAAAGAUCUGGAGACCGAGCGCAACCAGACACUCGCAGAGGCUGCGACCAAGUUGCAGGACGCGCAGCAAGCCCUCAAGGCUGAGGAACUCCGGGCCAGCACGGCCGAGACCCGCCUGCGCGAGGUGCGUUUGGAGAUCUCCGAGCAGUCAGAGGCUGUUCAGCGCGCAGGCACCUGGAAGUUGGAGGCCCAGUCCCACGCCGCCUCGCUGUCCGCAGCCGAACGGCGCUGCGAGGGGCAUGCCGAGCACGUGGCACGUGUGAGGCGGCACGCUGCUGAGGUGGAGAGGCAGCGGAAGGAGCUGGUUCGGAACAGCGGUGUGAAGGCCAGCCAGAUGCUCCGAGAGGAGCUGGAGCGCACACAGGCAGAGCGCCUGGAGUUGGAGAAGCGCUUGAAAAAGGCGCUCCCCCGCAUCGAGCGCCUCACUGCGGAAGACCAUCGGCUUCGCGCAAAGCUGACGCAGGAGUCCGAGGUGGCAGCGGCACAGGUGCAAUCGUUGAAGGAGGAGGGCUUAGAGCUCUCUCGGGCGAAGGACCAGUUGCAGAAGCAGCGCCGCCUGGCUCGGAGCGAGGCAGAGGCAGCUGAGGCGCUGCAGAGCCAACUGGUUGAGGCUGAGCAGCAGCGGCGGGGGGCGCAGGUGGAGCUUGCCAAGUCGCAGCGCUUGCGGCACGAGGAGGGGAAGCGACGCCAGGCGGCCUUCGGCACCGAGCGGGAGGAGCUCCGCCAGGAGGUGGCGCAGCUUUCGGAGCGGCUUCGGGUUGCUGAGGGCGGCACCGCCGGCUGGUUGGCCCUCCCCUCGCGAACCCAGGCCCCUGCGCGCGCGCCCACGAGCAAUGUCUCACGGCUGACGUCCAAACAGUCCGCGGUGUCUGAGCGGUGGAUGGACGACGACACAGUGGAGGCACUUCAGUACUUCGCCCUUUUAAAGAAAGGGGAAUAA